CUGAAAACCACACAACGGUAAAUCCGUCAUAUAACAUCAAGAUUAAACCACACGACAAAUGGCGCCCAAGACAUUUUGUAGAAGUGUCUUAAUAAAUGUUUUCUAGAGUAACCAGACACUUGGUCGAUGCCUGGAAGUGUCAAUUUAAGCUUGGUUUAGCAGGAAAGUGCUGCGUGUUUUGUCGCCUGAAUUGGCGAAGAUUUACCUCAAUAAACGGACUGCUCAUGGAAGACACUCCACAGAACACAGGCGCAGCUAGCGCUGCUCUUGUGGCAGUUUGUCAAAUGAACUCCACCAAUGACGUGGAUCGUAAUCUAGGGAUUUGUAAAGGUCUCGUGAAAAAGGCCAAGUCAAGAGGAGCUAAGGUUGUGUUUCUUCCUGAAUGUUUUGACUACGUGGGUGAAAACCGCGGGCAGUCUGUAUCCAUGGCUGCUCCACUAGACAGUCCAAGAAUGCAAGGUUUUUGUGAAUUAGCAAAGGAACUUGGAAUCUGGCUGUCUCUGGGAGGAUAUCACGAGAAGGGUCCAGCAGAUGAUAACAGGUUGUACAACUCCCAUGUCUUAAUUGAUGACAGUGGCUCCAUUGUAGCAGUGUAUCGCAAAGUACACCUGUUUGAUAUUGAUGUAAAGGAUGGACCCAAGCUUAAGGAGAGUGAUGUGUGUAUCCCUGGCAACCAGAUAGUACCACCCAUCCAUACCCCUGUGGGGAAUCUUGGUCUUGCAAUUUGCUAUGAUGUACGUUUCCCAGAGAUGUCAUUGGUUUUAGCUCAGCAGGGAGCCCAGAUAUUGACUUUCCCAUCAGCCUUUACUCAGAUCACAGGAUCAGCACAUUGGGAGGUGUUGCUGAGAUGUCGUGCUAUAGAAAACCAGUGUUAUGUGAUCGCUGCUGCACAAACAGGACAACACAACGAAAAACGGCGAUCAUACGGUCAUGCUAUGAUUGUGGAUCCCUGGGGCAGUGUGAUCGCUCAGUGUCGUGAAGGAAAUGACGUGUGUGUAGCAGAAAUCGAUCUUGAUUACCUGAACAAGGUUCGCCAGCAGAUGCCAUGUAUGAACCACAAGAGGAAUGACCUGUAUGGGAACUUAAAGUCAUGUCCGAAACUUUGACAGAAUGGUUUAUUCGAGUGGGAGGGGGGAGACUCUGAGACGGGCGGUAGCGGGGUGGGGUAGAUAACGCCAGCUGGUACGUUGCCGGGGACUUAGCCAUUCAGAUAAGUAUUUUUACUUAGAUUUUUCGUCAGACUGAAAGCAGUGGAUGACUGCAGUUCCAAGUCUCGAUCAGAAACCGCAUCCGGCCAGGAGAGAAUAAUAACAAACAGCACUUUAACCAGUUUGUAACGUGGUUUAAAAUGGGGUAAAGAUAAAAAUGUUGUCAAAGAUAUAGAUUAAAUACACAAUUAUUAAACAGUAGCUUUACACCAACAGAUAAUGUAAGCUAGAUAGAAUCUUUUCCUUUUAAUCGAAACAAUUUACCUAAUUUUAAAACUCCUCAAAAAUAUUUACUGUCUUCUUAUAAAUCCAAACUGUGCCAUAAAUGCACUCGCAUUUCUAAGUAAAAGAUAUGUAAGUUGCCAUUACUGUAUGACUUUGAACCGUUCUCGUGUAGUAUAAUAAAUUACAUUUACAAGUGA